AUGGAUGGUGCAUUGCAGAUUCGAGACUACUUUUACGCAGGGUUUAACAACUACUGCCUGAAGACCUACGAGCACUUGGGAGAAGAAGAAAAAAUGCAAGCAGCGGAGUACAUAUAUCAAAUUUAUAUGAUUAAUAAUAUGAACAAUAAUUUAAUUUUAAACUUAAGAAAUUCAAAAGAGGAAAAUUUAUAUUUGUUGUAUUUAUAUUACAAAUAUUAUUAUUUAGACGAAAAAGAAGACGUGUUAACAGAAAUAAAAAAAAUAAAAACGUCAUCAACCAAUAGCACUAUAUUAAAAAGUAGAAUACUUUUUGAGCAUGAUUUGAUGGAUGAAUGUUUUGAUUUAUUAAAUGACGAUAAUAUUGAAAUAAAGGCGGCAAAAUUUUUUUUUUUAUUUAGUAUAAAUAGAAACGAUUUAGUUAAAGAAAUGAUUGAUGAUUACUUAAAAAUGAAUGAUGAAAUACCGAUUAUAAAAAUUGUUCUAGCUAUUUUUUAUUUAUAUAAUGAUAAUAAUAAAGAGUCUUUUUUAAUUUUUGAUGAUUUAGAAUCUCUCUAUACUUCCGUCGUCAAUGAUAUAUCAGCUGUUAUUUUGAAUGGUAAAGGGGUAUCUAAUAUUUUAAAUUAUGAGUUUAAUGAUGCAAAAGAGAUUUUAAAAAAUUCCAUGAAAAGUAAAAUUUGCAAUGCCGAUAUAAUUUUUAAUUUAGUUACAUGUUCUUUGUAUUUAUUUGAGUUAGACGAAGCCAAUGAGUAUUUAAAUCAACUAUAUAAUUUUUACCCAUCGCAUCACAGUUUGACUGUUUUGAAGAAAAUUGACCACGAGGUUGAUAAUUUUGUAGCAGAAUUUUAG